AUGGGUUGUAUGCACCAAAUGAAGUUCGUUUGUUUUCUUGUUCUUCUCUUCACUUCGACUCCGUUCAUCCUGAUUGUCAACAGAACGGAUCUGAGAAGAUAUUCACCUAAAGCUCUGUGGAACUACGCCAAGAAGACAACCAGGGGCCUGGCUGAUUCCACAGCUAGGGUCGGAAACGAACUAGGACAUUCAUCAAACCAUACAGUCCACAUCAUCAAGAAGUCUACCAGAAGAAGCUACUGGCAUGAUCCUAUCGGAGCUGAUACCCAAGUCUGGGAUGACGACCAGACCUUAGACAGGAUAAGAAGUUACGCAAGACGAUUCAGGCCAGAUCACUUUACAAGUAUGGAGCUCAGGGGUCACAAGAAACCGAAGGAGAUGGUCUUUUGCGGACCAAAUCACGACAGAGAAUGUCUUCUUGAGGGAAGGAACGAAAUCGUUCCUCACCGCACAUGCGCAGUAGUCGGCAAUGGCGGCGUCCUGUCCGGCAGCCUUUGCGGGGAGGACAUCGACUCGCACGAUUACGUCAUCCGCUUCAGCCUCGCUCCCAUCACAGGGUACGAACGUGAUGUCGGGAGUAAAACCAGCCUCAUAUUCAUGAACAAGCAGAUCGUCGAGAGGGUACAGAAGAGUCUGACGUUAAACACGUCCAUGAACGUUUACAGAAGUAGACUGAAACGACUGGACGGGUCGAUAUUCGUCUUUCCUAUGGGGAAGAGAGAGGAACUUUUUCGCUUCUUCUUCAAUGCCGUCAGAUCCAACUGGAUAACUGUGACACUGAAGUACUUCUAUCCUCUAAACGACGUGAAAAAAAUCAUGAGCAAGAUCUUUCCCGACAUCAGCCGCCAUAUUGGGCGUUUAGUCACCACGGGCCUGACGGCCGUCGUCAUGGCAACAAACAUAUGUGACGACAUCACCCUGUACGGAUUUUACCCCUAUAAAUCGAACUACGCAGUGACGUAUGAGACACUUCAUUACCAUUACUACCCAGAUGACUACAUAGAGCCGGCCAUUAUGGACUCCAUACAUAAUUUCACUACAGAGUACAGGCUGUUGAAGGAAAUGGAAAAGCGGGGGGUUCUCAAACUAGUCACGAGUAGAUGUAAACGCCCUCAAACAUGA